AUGGCGGACCACCCUGACCUGCUGCAAGCACUCCUGCUCGCUCAGCAACACGAGGAGGAGGAACCGGAGGGGCUGUGGGGCCCCGUUCAGCAGGACGAGUGGAGGCAGUGCGACGCACCUUCCAAGAAAUAUCGCGAGGCGCCACUGCCGGAGUCGAACGGCUAUCUGCAGGUGUUUCUGGACGGAGGGCUCAACCAGCAGCGCAUCAGCGUGUGCAACGCGGUGGCCGUGGCUCGCCUGCUCAACGCCACGCUGCUCGUGCCUGAGUUCGCCACCAACAUCUUUUGGCAGGACUCCAGUCAAUUCUCAGACAUAUUCGACCUGCCCCAUUUCAUCACCUCCCUACAAGCUGACAUUCGAAUAGUGCGUCAUCUCCCCCGCCACCUCGCCUGGAGCACGGCAGCCUACUACGCCUCCUCGCCCUCCCGCCGCAACAAGCUCAUCCGCUCUGCGCCCCUGCACGCCACCAAGAAGUGCACCCUCUGUCCCGUGUGGUAUCAGCACCCUCUGUCCCGUGUGGUAUCAGCACUCUCUGUCCCGUGUGGUAUCAGCACCCUCUGUCCCGUGUGGUAUCAGCACUCUCUGUCCCGUGUGGUAUCAGCACUCUCUGUCCCGUGUGGUAUCAGCACUCUCUGUCCCGUGUGGUAUCAGCACUCUCUGUCCCGUGUGGUAUCAGCACUCUCUGUCCCGUGUGGUAUCAGCACUCUCUGUCCCGUGUGGUAUCAGCACUCUCUGUCCCGUGUGGUAUCAGCACUCUCUGUCCCGUGUGGUAUCAGCACUCUCUGUCCCGUGUGGUAUCAGCACUCUCUGUCCCGUGUGGUAUCAGCACUCUCUGUCCCGUGUGGUAUCAGCACUCUCUGUCCCGUGUGGUAUCAGCACUCUCUGUCCCGUGUGGUAUCAGCACUCUCUGUCCCGUGUGGUAUCAGCACUCUCUGUCCCGUGUGGUAUCAGCACUCUCUGUCCCGUGUGGUAUCAGCACUCUCUGUCCCGUGUGGUAUCAGCACUCUCUGUCCCGUGUGGUAUCAGCACUCUCUGUCCCGUGUGGUAUCAGCACUCUCUGUUUCCUGCACUUCACGCACCACACUUCCUCACUGUUCAAAUCCCCUCGCCUCUUUUCCCCAUCUAUCUCCCCCUCCAUCUUCCAUUCUGCCCCCCAGGCGAGGCAUCGUGGCACUGACACCCUUCUCCCAUCGCCUCGCCUUCACGGGUCUGCCUCGGGAGAUCCAACGGCUGCGGUGCCGCGUCAACUUCCAUGCGCUGCGAUUCGUGCAGCCAAUCAGAGAGCUGGGCCAGAAGCUGGUGCAGCGACUGCAGGACCCCUCCCUGCGCCCCACCCGUAUGGGACUUCCCCACUCACCUUUUGACAGCACGAGUGCUGCUGGGGUGGAGGAUAGAGGGAGGGCGAGAGGCGGAAGAGAGGAGGGGGGAGGCGAUUGGGACGAGGGUGCGGAGGGGAGUUGGGGAGUUGCACCGCCGCUUUCUGCUGAUACGAGUGAUUCUGAGAUGGUGGGCCGAGGGAGGAAGGGAGGAGGAAGAGAGGACGAGGGAGGGAGAGCGGAAGGGGGAGAGAAUGAGGUUGGAGGAGGAGGAGAGGAGGGAGGGGGAGAGAGCGAAGAGGAGCGAGGGAUCCGAGUGGAGCUUGUUGGGGAUGAAGGGGAGCGAGAAGACAUGGGUGGAGAGGGAGGAGCGGAGGGGGAGAGAGGAGUGGGAGGAGAAGGAGUUGGUGUGAGCGAGGGUGGAGGGAGGGAGGAAGAGGGAGAGGAGGGGGUUGAGGAGUUGGGAGGGGAGGAGGUGGGGAAGGGAGGCAGUGGGGAGGCGCUGGAGGAACUGCUGUGGUGGGAGGCGAGGGGAGCGCGAUCAGAGCAUGGAAGGCAGGGGGAUGGGAGUGAUGAUGGGAGUGAGGAGGAGAGGGAGAAGGGAUUGGAGCAUGGAGAGGAGAGGGGUGUGAGGGAUGAUGGGAGUGAGAAGGGGGGGACGGGAGGCAGUGAGAGGGAGGGGGUGGAGGAACUGCUGUGGUGGGAGGCGAGGGAGAGAGGAUCGGAGCAUGGAGAGGAGGGGGAUGUGAGUGAGGAGAAGGGAAGGGAGGGAGAAAAGGAGCUGAACGGGAGUGAGGGGGUGGGGAGAGUUAGCAGCAGCUGGUGGGAGCGGGAGCUGGAAGGAGGUGCGGGGGAGGAGGGCAAUGGGCGGUUAGCAUACAGGGGAAGCGACUUUGAGUGGGAUUAUGAGGGGAGGGAGGAUGCAUGGAGGGGCGGUGCAGAGGGGGAGAGUGUGGGGAUUGAGCGCGUGGCGAGUGGGGAUGGGGCGAGUGAGAGCGGACUGCUGGGGGGCUACAGACGCCGGCGGUUGCUGGAGGCGAUGGGGCACGUGAGAGUGGUGGGGGGCGAUGUGCGGGGGAGCAGGGAUGCAGCAGAGGGGAACGAUGGGGGGGGGAUGAAGCAGAGGGGGACGAAGCAGAGGAGGAUGAGGAAAGGGGAGGCGUUGCGUGGGGCGAGAGAGGAGGGCGACGGGAGUGGUUCGGGGUGGGAGGCGGUGAGGAAGCGAGUGAGGGAGGUGAGGGAGGUGCGGGUGCGCAUAGAGCAGCGCGUGCGGGCACGACUGGAGCAGUGGGCGGAGGGCAUGCGGCUGGCGAGCAUUGGCGCCACGUGGGGCGAGUGGAAACACUUGCAGCGGUUGAGGGGCGAGGGGAGUGAGGUGAGAGAAGGGAGGGAGGCGAGGGAGGCGAGGGAAGGGAGGGAGGUGAGGGAGGGGAGGGAAGGGAAGGGGUGGAGGGAUGAGGGAAGGGAAUCAGUGCGAAAGGAAAGAGAGGGGGUGAUGUGGGUGGUAAAAGGAGUGCAGAGGAUGGUUGGGGCGGCCAUGAGGAGAAUGCGGUGGAGGAAAGGGACGGGUGGGGGGUUGAAGGGGAGAUGGGUGGGGAACGAGAUGGCAGUGGAGAGCGGGCAGCAGAUGAGGAGGAGGAGGUUUCUGGCGAUGCACCUGCGAUUCGACCUGGACAUGGUGGCGCACUCAAGGUGCGACUAUGGGGAGGCGAGGGAGGAGCGGGAGCAGCUGAGGCGGUACUGGAAAAGGGUGUGGGGGGAGCUGGAGGGUAAAGUGCAGCACACCCCGCAGCAGCUGAGGGCAGCUGGCAAGUGUCCCCUCACACCAGAGGAGGCGGGGCUGGUGCUGGCGGCGCUGGGAUUUUCCAGACACAUGCAGCUCUAUGUGGCUUCGUACCAGGUGUAUGGGGGCCCCAGCCGCAUGGCAGCGCUGCGCCGCCUCUUUCCCAACCUCGAGGAUAAGACGACGCUUGCCACCCCGGAGGAGCUGCGGCCGUUCCAUGGGCGGGCGUCCAUGCUGGCAGCACUGGAUUUUUACGUCAGCAUGCAUAGUGACGUGUUUGUGUCCACGUCAGCAGGGAACAUGCAUAAUGUCAUGGCUGGGUACCGAGCCUACUUCGGAGGCAGCAAGACCAUCAAGCUCAACACUCCUCUCCUAGCCUCGCUCCUUCAAACACCGAACCUAACCUGCUCAUCUCCGCUUCCCCCGCUUCCGCCGUUCUCCCCACAGCCGCACAUUACGCCCCCCACUCCGCCGCAGCCCCCGCGCCCGUACUGCUUUGCGCAGACGCCGUCCCCCGCCCCGCGCCUUGGCUCGCCCGUGCACCAGUUCCUUCCCCAAACCGCGCCGCUCCAUUUCCAGCCCGCGCUGCUCCCGCAGAACGCGCUGCUCUCACGCUUCUCCCCCGCACCCCCGCCGCCUGCCAGCCCGCAGCCGUUCCACUCGCAGUUAGACUCGACUCAGCGGUCGCCGCAGCUGUCCCACUCCGCGCUCGGCUCGGCGCAACAAUCGCCGCAGCUGUUCUGCGCUGCUUCCGAAUCGGCCCCGCAAUCAACGCAGCCGUUUCUCGUGGCGGGGCGAGUGCAGAAGACUCUUCAGGAGAUGAUUGGCGGUGACAGCACAGCCGUCACACCGCAACUCGCUCCGCAGGGUGCGCCGACCGCAGGCCUCGUGGGGGCUAUGACUCCGCCACCGCCUCCCCCGACUGCGGCGGAUGGCUCCCCCGUGCCCGCGUACCGCGGGGUGCGCUACCGGCCGUGGGGGAGAUGGGCGGCGGAAAUCCGGGAUGCGGGGGGGAAGGGGCGCGUGUGGCUGGGGACGUUUGACUCUCCGGAAGCGGCGGCGCGCGCGUACGACGCGGCUGCGCGGGAGAUCCGAGGCGCCAAAGCGCUGCUGAACUUCCCUGAUGACGUGGACGAACCGAAACCGGACACAUGCCAGGCCGCGGAGGCUGUGGAAGCGGAGGCGGGAGCGGAGGCGGAAGGAGAGGCGGGAGGCGAGGCGGAAGGGGAGGCGGAGGAUGAAUCGAUGGCGGAGAGGGAGGAGGAAGAGGAGAACGCGGGGAGCGGCGGAGAGGAGGAUGACGGCGAGGGGGAGGCGGAAGGAGCGAGGGCGCUGAAGCGGCUGAAGAGUAGCGAGGAAGCAGCGGAGAAAGAGACAGCAAAACACGCAGCGCAGCACACAGCACAGUCCGAAGCUCAAGACGGACCGCACGAGUUCAAUGGCGGGCGAGCCGCUGUCGACUUGCUGUGCUGCGAACCGCCGCUCGUGCCGGCGGAACCAGGCGCUGUGACAUCAGCACUGCCGUCUCCGCCGGCUGAUUCAACUGCAGCAGCUGCAACCGACGGUACAGAUGCCGCUACAGCUGCUACAUCAACGGCCACGAUUGGGAAGACUAAGGCUACAGCUAUACAUGCACAUCCUCUGCAGCAAGGAGGCAACGUGCAGCAGCAAUUCAACAUGCAAGCUGCUUCUGCCCCUCUGCUUGCCAAUGCCCCUACCCCACUGGCGGAAUUUCCAGCUGCACCAGCAUGCAUGGACGCGUACACAGCACUCCCAGCUGCCGCUGAUGGCGAUGAUGCCUUUGAUGCCGUUGCUGCUUUCCUCGGCCCCGAUGAAACGGUGGGAGAUCUGUGGGGGGAGGAGGGGGUGGAUGAUAGCACAGGCAUCUGGAGCAGCAGCGUGGGAGGGGUGGUGGGUGAGGGAGCGGAAGGGAGCUUGGGUAUGGGAGGGAUGGAUAUGGGAGUGGACCUGGUGGGGGGUGGAGUAGGGUAUGGAGGGGUGGGGAGGAGGGAGAGUGACAUGGGGUCGACGUUCCAGGUUGUGCGGAGGGAGAGCGACGUUGCCGCAUCAUUCCUUGUCAGUGCCAGGGGGGAGACGAGGCAGCAGGGGAUUCAGGAGGAAGUUCAGGGUGGUGGAGCUGCUGCAGGGGGUGAUGCAGGUGAAAGCAAUCUCAACAGUGGCAGCAAAAAAAAAACGCCAAUAAUCGUUGACAUCCAGCAGCUGGAGCAGGAGCAGGAUGACAGCAAUGCACUGACAGCUAACAUUGGUAACCACUAUGAUAACCGCUAUGGUGAUGGUGAAUAUUGUUGCACUGGAGGUAAUCGCCAGAGUGGAGAUCGUGAGGGAGGCGCAUAUUUGAGCAGGCUUACUGCGCAACAGAAGUUUCAUGGUAAUGGCUACGUUCCAACCCUGGUGCCUUCUCUGAGUGGAGACUGCGAUACUUACAUAGACACGGAAACUAUAUGGACUGGGGGGGGGAACAGCAACGCGUAG